AUGCUUGCAAAUACUAAUCUAAACUUCUACGAUGGUAAACUCAAUACGUAUCGAGAAAUAGGAAAAAAAAGAAUCCAAAGUGGUGAUUUGCGACCUCAACAUUCUCAGUAUUCUCAAUCUGCACCAGCUACAAGAUAUCCACUUAGGAUGGCACGUAGUUUCAAUGACAGUCCAAAUGUGGUAACUUCAAAAGGAUGUUUGACUAGCAAAUCCCAUUCAAAUACACUGCAGCUGAAUUUGAUUUACGAUAAACAUGCACAAUUUAAACGUAAUUGUGAAAAUUUUGAGAUUUUUGUAAAUGAAUGCAAGAAGAGAAGAGAAUUACAAUCCAACUUCCAUGAUUGCAACAAUACAAGUUGGACGCAAGUUCAGUACUUCGGAAACAGAAAUGAAGGAAUUGAAUCUUGUACAAUUUCUAGCAAUAAUUCCGAACAUCAUAAGUUAGUCCGCAGUCUACUGAGCAGUUCACAUUUGAUCAGAAAUGCGACAGGCCAAAGUAAUGAAAAUGCUAAGAAGAAGGCAAUGAGGGGAUACAGUGUCUCUCCUAUGAGGACGGCUAGAUCUCUUGGUAAAACGAAUUCAACUAGAGAGUUUGCAUCAAGGUUUUCCUCUAAUAGCAAGCCACCGAGGUCAAUUAGGCUACAUGCCUCUGAGCCUAGCAGCUUUUUUGAAAUCGAGUCGGAAGACUCUAGUGACUUAGCAGAAGAGAGUCCUAUUCUGUAUAACGAUAUUCAGGCCACCAUAACAACACCUCAUCAUCCUCCCUUUUUACUUCAAACAGGAAAUAAUCAAAAUGGGCAUUUAAAGUCAAGUAUUUUCUUCAGCCAAAAUAAUACAAGUCUAACUAGAACAGACUAUUUUCAGGAGUAUAUGGAGGAAAGAAUUGCUAGAUGGAGACCUGGCAAUUCUCAAUUUAAUGUUGAAGCUACUAUGGAAGGUAAACACCCCUAUCAACAAGAGCAUUUUGAAUUUGAAGCAAAAGCUGCGAAAAUGAGACCAUACAACCCUUUUAUGGCUUUGAAAACUUGGUUUAAUGGAAAAGGUGCAAUUCCCGACCUAGAAAAUCAAACACAGAGUAUCUCCCAUAGCAACACACACAAAAAGACAAACGAACUGACGCAAGACACACUAGGAAUCCAAUUACCAGAAAUUUCUGAGCGUCUUAGGAAAAUCGAAUUUAAAGUUAAUAGUUCAAAUUCCAUUAUCCCUAAACCUUACAAGCCAGGGGAAUGUUCUCACAUUGCGAAGGGGUUACGUGACACAAGUACCAAACAAGAAUCGACUCCAAUAGAUGGGCCAACUUAUACACCAAAAGCACUUCCUUUCAGUGAUUAUGAUUUGAAUUUCGAAACAAAAGACUGUUUUUCAAGUCAUAAAACAGAACAUGGCAGUAAUGCUAUUAUAGACUCAAUGGACGAGGACAUACGUUAUUUGCUAAAUGGGUUUGAUAACUUUUUGGCUGAUUGUUUUCGAAGUUUUUGGAACGCUUGUUCCUCAACAGGAAAAAUGUGUUUUAAUCCGACAUAA